UCUAGGUGGCAGCAGCACCCGGCGAACAUCACAGACAGCCGUGAGGAGAGACACAUCCCUUCUGUUUGUUAUUUACCAGUCUGCUUUUGUUUCAAACUGCGGAUUCAUUUAUUACACAUUUUACAGCCGAUUUCGAUGUACUGCUAUUAACAGCUAAUACAUGCGUUCAUUAUACGCCUAAUGAUGCAUUUGCACAGCGGUUGAUGAACAGAUUCCAGGGUGCGUCCAGUAUUUUGAAAGGCAGAAGCGUGUGGCUGAAUAAUUAUGGGUUCUCUCGGGAGCCACUUCCAGUCGUCACCCCGGGGCCCAGAGGAGGCUGUGGAGAGGCAGUGCGCUGGGAACAGACACAGCUGUGAGUGCAGGAAGAGAAAACGCAGCUCACACUGUGAGUGCGACAGCGAGCCCGAGGACGAGGACAGUCAGCUGGACACACCACGCAGGAAAAAGUUGAAAAGCACCUCUAAGUACAUCUACCAGACACUAUUUUUGAAUGGGGAGAACAGUGACAUCCAGAUCCGCGCCCUUGGGCAGGAGUGGAACCUGCAUAAAAUUUACCUGUGUCAGUCUGGCUAUUUCUCCAGCAUGUUCAGUGGAUCCUGGAAGGAGUCUAACAUGAUGGUUAUUGAGCUUGAGAUCCCAGACCAGAAUAUUGACACAGAGGCCCUGCAAGUGGUUUUUGGGUCACUCUACAGGGAUGACGUGUUGAUCAAACCAAGUCGAGUUGUUAAUAUUCUCGCUGCUGCUUGUAUGCUUCAGUUGGAUGGACUGAUCCAGCAGUGUGGAGAGACCAUGAAGGAGAAUGUGAAUGUGAAGACCGUGUGCAGCUAUUAUAACUCAGCCACCAUGUACGGCUUGGACUCCGUCAUGAAGAAGUGUUUAGAGUGGCUCCUCAAUAACCUGAUGACGCAUCAGAAUGUGGACCUAAUGAAGGAGCUCGGGGCGGAAAUGAUGGAACAGCUCAUUCAGUCUUCUGAUCUGUUCGUAAUGCAAGUGGAAAUGGACGUCUACACGGCAAUGAAAAAGUGGAUGUUCUUACAGCUUAAUCCAUCCUGGGAUGGGCCUAUCAAACAACUUCUGCUCGAUGCAGACGCCUGGCUGUGUGAAAGAAGAAGUGAGGCUGGAGAAGAGGAGCCGUUUCUGAACACAGAUGACGGGAUGCCAUUCGUCCCUGUUUUCAGACACAUCCGCCUGCAGUACAUCAUCAAUGACCUGGCCUCGGCCCGCAUGCUGGAACGGGACAACAUCCUACCCCCAGAGUGGCUGAGCACCGUGUACAAACAGCAGUGGUUUGCUAUGCUGAGGACAGAACACGAUAACGAUAACGGACCACAAGAGGCCAAUAAAGAUGAGUUUGAGCUGAACAGCAUGCGCUGUGGCCGAAAACUGACCAAAGAUGGAGAUGAUAAAGCCAGAUUGCGCCUUGCUUCAUUUGAUAACAGUGGAAAAGUGGUUUGCAGCCGGUCAACUGGCUACCAGCUUGUUACCCUCGAAAAGGACCAGGAAUACGUGGUGAUGAAUCUGGACAGCCGGCUCUUGUCUUUUCCUCUGUGUGUGUGCUGUAACUUCCUCUACACUUCCCCGUCCAGUGAGAGGAGAGGUGACACCCCGGAGCCGGAGAACAGCGCCCGCAGUGUGUCGUGACGCCACACACCACAAAACCUCCAUCAGCCACCAGUCCAGCCUUCUUAUGAUUUACAGUUUGUUAGCUUCAUGUAUAUUAUUGCAGUCAUUUUAUUUGUAUGCUUAAUUUGUAAAUAGUCAGGUGCUUUUUAAAUAAUUUGCUAUAU